AUGCCCAAGGACAAGAAGAAGCGCGCGCGCAACGUGGGCACUGCUUCGGCCGCGCAAAAUGCGCUCGGGCGAACGCUCGCGACGCCCAACACGAACUUGGGGCAGCAUUUCCUCAAGAACCCCAUGAUCGUGACGCAGAUCGUCGCCAAAGCAGCGAUCCGCGGCACUGACGUGUGCCUCGAAGUCGGUCCCGGGACAGGGAACAUGACCGUGAAGCUCUUGGACCAGGCGAAGCGCGUCGUGGCGGUGGAGUUUGACGCGCGGAUGGUCGCAGAGCUCCAGAAGCGGAUCCAGCACACGGAGCACCUGUACCACUUGCAGAUCAUUCACGGCGACGUCAUGCGCGUGCAGUUGCCGUUCUUUGACGUGUGCGUGGCGAACCUGCCGUACCAGAUCUCGUCGCCCUUUGUGUUCAAGCUGCUCGCCCAUCGUCCCAUGUUUCGCUGUGCUGUGAUUAUGUUUCAAGAAGAGUUUGCCAAGCGGCUGAGUGCCAAACCAGGUGACGAGCUGUACUGUCGCUUGUCGGUGAACACGCAGCUGCUGGCUAAGGUGGACCAGCUGCUGAAAGUCGGACGCAAUAACUUUCGUCCGCCGCCGAAAGUCGAGUCGCGUGUGGUCCGCAUUGAGCCGCGGAACCCGCCACCGCCCGUGAACUUUACGGAAUGGGACGGUCUGAUCAAGAUCAUCUUUAACCGCAAGAACAAGACGCUGCACUCGUGCUUUGUGACCAAGUCGGUGCUGAAGAUUCUGGAGGAGAACUACAAGACGUACUGCUCGCUGAAUGACGAGCUUCCGGAAGGUGAUAUUGACAUGAAGAAGAAAGUGGAAGAGGUGCUGGCUAUCGAAGACUUUGGCGGAAAGCGAGGUGCCAAGAUGGACCAAGACGACUUUUUGCAACUACUGGAACGGUUCAACGCGAACCACAUCCAUUUUUCCUAG